AUGCAGGCCCAGCUGAAGUCCACGACCGCGGCUUCGUCCAGGGACCCUCAGCCGACCCUCGCGGUGGACACCCGCGUGAUCGGCAAGCCUAGGGAGUUCGACGGAGAGAAGGAUUGGAAAGAUUGGUCUAUCGUCAUGCGGUCCUAUGCCGCAUGCUGCCACGAGCAGCUUGGGACGUUGAUGAGAACGGCGGAGCUCUCUGAAUACCGCGUGGACAACGUGCACCUUUCUCCAGCAGACCGUCAGUUCAGCACCCAGCUGUUCUACAUGCUGGUGAUGGUGUGCCGUGGCUCUGCCCUCACGCGGGUGGUCAAUCAAGGCACCACUGAGGGCCUCUUGGCGUGGAGGGCGCUCUGCCAGCACCACGAGCCGUCAAGUGCGGCUCGCCAUGCCAGCUUACCAUUGGACCUCUUAUCCUUCAACUUCGAUGGUGACACCACUGCCAGGUUGGAACAGUGUGAGCGCGACGUCCACCGGUACGAGUUGUCAUCUAGCCUAUUGCUCGACGACGCCAUUAAGGUUGGCAUCGUCCUCUGGCAGCUGCCAGACGGAGCAUUGAAGCAGCACCUGGUCUUGAACAUGGACCGGUUCGACACCUGGACGAAUAUCCGCACUGAGAUUGAGGCAGUGCGCCGGGCUCAGCAGGCUGCGAGCCAUGGCGCUCGCCCGAUGGACGUCGACACUCUGGCGCUGCUGAGGCAGGUCCCGGAGGUGAAGGGCAAGGGCAAGACAGGUGGAGGCAAGGGGAGGGACUUUAAAGCUCCAACGACCAAUUGCCCCAUCUGCGACAAGCCAGGCCACUGGAAGAAGGACUGCUGGCACAACCCGGCCAACAAGGGGGCAGGGUCCGGCAAGGGAGCGCCACCCAAGGGCGGCAAGGGCAAGGACGCGAAGGACAAGUCCAAGGCGAACAACACCAAGAAUAUGUGUUGGAACUGCGGUGAGACGGGCCACCUUCGAGAAGAGUGCAAGAAACCAAAGAAGGUGCACUCGAUCGAAGAGGUCGUGGACGACCAGGGCGGAUCUCUAGGACACCUCUUCCUGCCGCUUUCGGCCGUGAGCCUCGCGGGCGUCUCGUCCGAAAAGGGCCGCACGAUGCGCGUUGGCAUCGAUUCUGGUGCUGCUGUGACGGCCGUGCCGGAUUGUCACUGCAAAGGGUACCCGCUGUACAAGAAUACGCCCAGCACCGGCAGGUCUUACGAGAGCGCCGCCGGGGAAAAUAUCUGGGAUCGAGGUGAACGGCGUCUACUCUGUCGUGCGGACGGUCGUUUACGAGGACUGCGAGCGCGCGCAUGCAAGGUGAAUAAGCCCUUGCUGAGCGUGUACGACAUGUGCAAGGCAGGACAGAUGGUGGUCAUCGACUUUGACUCCAAUGGCAGCGACAGGAGCCAUUCCAUCCACAAGGCGACCGGCGAGAAAACCAACUUUCAGCUCAGGAACAGGGUGUGGGAGUUGGAUCUGGAGGUCGUGCCGCAGGACGACCAGAAGCAGCAGUCCAAGAAGGUGCAGGACGAGGCCGCGAAGUUGCAGGAUUUGCGCCCUUUCGAGGGGCAGGUGCGGCAGAUGAGCCUCACGACAUGGACGCCGAACAGCCUGCACUGCGACCUCGGCGAGCCCCGGCUGAACCUACGCAGGCGGAGCGCGACGCGCACGAGUGCGCGGGCCACAUGCCGUACCGCUCCUGGUGCCGAGCGUGCGUGGCUGGACGUGGGCGUGCUGACCAGCACCACCCUGUGCCAGGUGAUCCUCGUGGAGUACCUGUCGUGGCGUGCGAUUGCGGCUACCUGGAGCGUCGUGAAGAUUGACGGAUCUCGUCCUGGAGCUGUCACGGCGGACGUGCUCCCAUGCAAAGGGAUUGGCGACCCCGCCUGUGUGCCUGCGCUGCUUCGUGCGUAUGUUGCUGCCGGCCACCGCAAGUUCAUCGCGAGGUCGGACGGUGAACCAGCGAUCGUGGACCUCAAGAGCCGGGCGGUGGCGACAGCACGAGCACGCCACAACAUGGACGUCAUCCUCGAGGAGACUCCGGAGAGGGACUCGCAGGCGAACGGGCUGAUCGAGAGCGCCGUCCGCGAUGUGAAGGCGACGGCUCGCACGCUCCGAUUCGCAGCUCAAGAGCUCCAUGGGUCCAGCAUCGGACCCAAUCAUCCGGUCCUUCCAUGGCUCGUUCGUUUCGCUGGAGACGUCAUCACUCGAGGACCGCGGGGUGCAGACGGCGUGACGCCGUACCAGCGCCACACCGGCCGCGUGUACAGGCGAGCACUCCCGAUCUUCAGUGAGGUCUUGUACCUGCCAACGGGGAAGCACGACAGUAGGAUCCAGGAGCGAUGGAACAGCGGACUGUUCGUGGGCAUCGUGGAGAGGAGCAACGAGCUCUUCAUCGUCACACGCGACGGCGUCAAGAGGGCGAAGGCUGUCCGGCGGCUCGCUGCUGCCGAGCGGGCCGGCGCGGACCUCCUGGCGAACAUACGUGGGACGCCCUGGCAGCCGAUCCCCAGCGUCGGGUUGGACGUCGUCCCGACCGUCAUCUAUGACCCCGUGGUGAGCGAGGACGCGUUGCCACCAGGGCCGGCCCCUGGGCAGCCCGCCCCAUCUGGGCGGCAUGGUUACAUGCGUCGUCACGUGGAGUUGCAGUGGCAUGGCUUCACUGAAGGGCGGUUCACGAGCCGCUCGUCUGCUUUCGACCUCCCGCCUGGCACUGCCAUGGACGUCCGUUCCGGAUACGAUUUCAUCCAGGCUGUCGAGCGAGAGCGGGCCCGCGAGACCAGACAGAGGGAGAGACCGGCGCUGCUCGUCGGCUCGCCUCCCAACGUGGCCCUUUCUGCCAUGCAGGGCCUCGUUCCGGACAGCCAGGAGUGGAAGCAGAAACUUGCGGAGGGCCUCGCUCAUUUUGAGUUCGUUUGUGAUCUGUACAAAGACCAAAUGAAGGACGGCUUGUUCUUCUUGCACGAGCAUUCGGCCUCUUCUGCAAGUUGGGACCUGUGGAUGGUCCAGGAGAUCGCUGGCAUGGAGGGCGUGCGCACCGUCCUUGGAGAUCAGUGCCCCUAUGGCCUUGGGUCUGUUGAUCUGUGCGGGCCGGCUCUCGUCCAGAAGGCUACCAGAUGGCUUACGAAUUCUGCGGUCAUCGCACGUGCCGUCGGCAGCCGGUGCACUAACCGAGGCUGCCCGGACAACGCGCGGAAGCAUAGGCACUGCCAGCUGAUCGAAAACCCCAGGACUUGGAGGGGUAAAGAACGCUACCCCCUCAAGCUCGUGACUGCGAUCCUCAAGGGAUUGAGGGAGGAGCUGCGCGCUAAGCACGUGUUGUUCUCAUUUGAGGCGGGCGCUCACGUUGAUGAACCCGACGCCUGGGACAUCCACCCGGAGUGGUGCGGCCACGUCGUCGACGCCACGACUGGCGUGAAGUUGGACGCAGUGCUUGUGUCCAAGGCCCGCGGUGAGGAGAUGGACUUCCUCAGCGGCCUGGGCGCGUAUUCCUACGACACCGUCGACAGGUGCAUCGAGGAGACAGGGCGGCGCCCCAUACCCACCGGAUGGGUUGACGUCAACAAGGGGCAGCCCGACGCACCUCAAGUGCGAAGCCGGCUCGUGGUGAAAGAGACGAGGUAUCACACGAACCUCGACACGAGCGGCGGCAGCAGCUUCAGCCAGACACCGCCCUACGAGGCGUUACGGGUGCUGUGUAGCUGCCAGAUGACACCCGCCAGCCAGAUGGAGGUAGACUACGUCAUCAUCUUCAUCGACAUCACCCGUGCACAUCCUUAUUGUAAGAUGCGCCGUAAAGUCUGGGUGGUGUUGCCGCCAGAGGACCCCAAGGCGGCGGAACCUGGCGUAUGUGGACUCCUUGAGCGGAGCCUGUACGGCCUCCGCGACGCCGGACAGUCGUUCGAGCUGCUCGUCCGCGAGACCAUGGAGGCCCUCGGUUUCAAGACAGGCCUGUGGUGCGGCGUAGUGUUCUUCCACGAGCAGCGGCAGAUCCAGGCGUACGUGUACGGUGAUAACUUCGGAGCACGUGGAUCUCGUGCAGAGGUCCGCCGGUUCCACGAAUCACUAUCUGCUCACAUGUGGGCCAAGGUGGAGGGCAUUCUCGGCCCGGAUCCAUCGCGAGGCGACUCCCUGGAGGUCGUCUGCCUCAACCGGGUGUUCCAGUAUGUCAGAGCAGCCGGAAACGAACCCGAGCGCAUCGAGAUCGAAGCGGAUGCACGGCAUGUGGAGUUCUUGCUCCACCAGGCCGGCCUCUCUGCGGGGCGCAGCGCGCCCCUCAGCACGCCGGGCGCUGCGGCGAAGGACGUGGACGUCGGGAAACCGCUGGGCGCCGAGGCGGCGACGCUGUUCAGAAGCAUGACGAUGAGGGCGCAGUAUCUCAGCGAGGACCGCCCUGACAUUCGCUUUGCUUGCAGGGAGAUUGCCCGCUUCAUGGCGGAACCCUGCGAGCUGGGGGCGAAGAUGCUCAAGAGGCUGUGUCGCUAUCUUCUGGGAGUCCCACGACUCGUCCAGAGGAUGGAGCGGCAGGAGGUGCCGACGUUCGUGGACGGUAUCUCGGAUGCAGACUUCGCUGGCUGUUCAAAGACACGGAAGAGCACGAGCUGCCACGCGAUCAAGACGGGCAGCCAUACGAUACGCUUUGCGAGUGCCACGCAGAGCGUGAUCGCACAGAGCAGCGGGGAGAGCGAGUACUAUUCCCUCGUGCGGUGCGCUUCGGCACUCAUCGGCAUGGGCAACUUGAUGCGCGACCUCGGGCGCGAGUUGCCCCUGCGUCUCCUGGGGGACGCAACCGCCGCGAGCGGCAUGGCUCGCAGGCGGGGUGCUGGGCGAGUACGUCACAUCGAAGUUGGGACGUUGUGGCUCCAGCAAAUCAUCACCGAGAAGAAGAUGGUCCUGGGCCGGAGGCCCGGCAAGGAGAACGAGGCAGACCUCGGCACCAAGCACUUGGCUCAACGCGAGCUGUGGGAGUGCUUGGCCCGGCUUGGCUUCGUCGCCAUGGGCGGCCGCUCAGAGAAGUCCCUGCGUGCAUCCAUCGCGCACUUGG